AUGGUCCUUAUAAGUACCAUGGAAAGAUUUCUUUUUCUCACUGCAUUCGCCAUUCUACCCACAAUCUGUGCAUCUGCGACCGUCUACUACGUCGAUGGUAGCAAUGGCAAUGACUUGAACCGUGGAGACAGCAUUCAAAAUGCAUUUGCAUCCAUCAAAGCCUGCGUUGACGCCCUCAAUGGGCCUGGUGACGAGUGUCACAUUCGCGCCGGUCGAUAUCAUCAACCUGUGUUUCAGAUAUCUGGCAAGCAAGGUUCCCAGUCCCAACCGAUUGUCAUCCGGGGUUAUCAAGACGAAGCUCCUGUUAUUGACGGUACAAUCCCGUUGGCUCCUAAAGCUGGCUGGAAACUUGAUCCAAAGACUGGAAUUUUCAGGUGCAGUUCUUUUGAAAUGUUUAAUUGCUAAAUCAGACGAGUAAAUUUUUAACUUUCUUUGCUAUGGUAGUCAAAGAAAAUUUUCAAAAUGCAGUGUGCGUGUUUGAAUACUCCCAAGGCGUAAUAUUUACACCCUGAAAGAUAUUUUAAUGAUAAGGAAAGUAAAAUAAGUUACGGUUUGAAACACAGCCCUAAUGAACAUAAAACGCCACUGGAACCGGAGACUGUAGGCUCCGAAUUAUUUAUUAACUUAAUAUUUAUCAAGAGAGGAUAAAACUCUUUGAAUUUGUUUAUUUAAUCGACCCAUUUGUCAAUGAGCCCUCCAGUCCUGGAAUUAAAAGACAAGAAUCAUUAAAUCAAAAUAAUGGUGAUGAUGAUAAUGAUGAUGAUGAUAAAAUAAAAUAAUGAUUCUUUUUAGCGACGCUGAUGAUGAUGAUAACGCCUUUAACAACAUUCUUGUGACCGCGGUUUUCUAUGAAGUUAGGUGUUAUACAACUCAAGCCCUAGUAACAAUCAUCGUGUCCUACCAUCAAUGACAUCGCUUCUGUUUUAAAACGAAAAUUAAACCGCCAGUGUUAAACAGUUCGCACAAUUUGUUCCUUAAGUUUGUCCUCAACAGCAUUAAUGAUUUUACUGCUCCAAACACGUUCUGUCUUUCUUGUGUUUGAAAGAACUCAGAGUAAGGAAACCUAUACACUUGCAAUUUAUUGCACAUAUUUUAUUCUAUUCUUACAACAUCAAUCUUAAAAUGUUGUCUUGCAGUGCUAAGAUAGAUCAGGACGUUUGGCAACUUUUCGUCGAUGAUGAAAUGAUGACUAACGCCCGAUGGCCAAACGCACUGUGGUCAGACAAGACGGUUUUUCUGAACAAAUACUGGGCUAAGUCUCACAAAAGUUCCAAGCGCGGAAAAAUGGUCGACAGUGGUCAAAAAGAUUUAGCUGGAAGUGGUAUCAACGCUGAGGGGGCUAUGGCAAUUCUUAACAUCGGAAGUUUCAACACUUUCACUACUGCUGUUAAGCGCCAUUCCCCAGGGCAGAAUUUCUUCACUUAUGAUGACAAAUUCGGUGAUAUCAAGUUCAAGCCAGACCAUAAUCAAUAUUUUCUUGAAGACAAACUGGACUUCCUUGAUAAUGCUGGCGAGUGGUUUUACGAUAAAGGCUCCAAGAAAGUGUACGUGAAGACAUUGGAUGGAAUGUCUCCUGAAGGCAGAAUAAGAGGAAAGGUGACGAAAAGCGCUUUAGUUUAACGUAUAUAGGGAGGGGAAGGGCCCGAGCAGAAAGGGGCGAGCCAUGGGACUAAGGCCCCCGUCCACGGUAAUAAUUUUUCGUUUGAAAACGCAUACAUUUCGAUGCGUUCAGACCUUUCGUCCACUCUAAUACGCUGAGCGUUUUCAUUGGAAAACACAUCGAUUUGACAACGCUUUUGAAAGUGGGUCAAAAAGAAAACGCAUAGAUAUCGCAUCAGUGAGAAAGGUCGAAAACACAUCAAAAUUGUAGUGUGGACGCGAAUCGAUCGACGCGUUUUCGAUGACAACGAAAACGCAUUGGUGUGGACAGGACCUUAGUGAACAACCUACCGGAAGAGCAAGGGCAGAGACGAGGGACUGAUGUUUACAGCUUAAAUAAAACAAGUGUUUAAGAUGAAGGCGCCAUUCAGCUUUGGCAGAAACUCAUAAGAGGUUGAAACGUGUAAUUCGCGUUCAAUGUUCGUGAAUAUUCACUUUUACCAUAUUUGGAAACCUUAGUGUCAGAUAUCCAUUUUCAACAAAAUGGCUGCCGCGCGCGGCGGAAACCUGAAGUGAAAUUACGUCACGUUUUUUACGAAGUUUGAUUGGUCAGUCAUCUCUUCUCUUUCCAAAUAUGGUACUUUUGAAAAUGAAUAAUCACGAGCAUCGGACAAAGCAAACAUAUGAGAGUUGCACGUUUCAACCCCUCAUGAGUUUCUGGCUUUGGCGAGCCCUGUUUGUCUUAUCAACUUAAGUAGGAAGAAAACAAAUUUUCAUUAUUUUUUACUCACCCUGAAGCAGCACGCAGUUUCUCAAAAACUAACCCCAUUUUUAUUAUAUUAUUUUCUAGGUCCAAACAUAUGCAUUCAUCAUCACAAAAUGCAAGCACGUUCACUUUAAACAAAUGACUUUUUUCGGUACCACUCUGAAGGCGCGGCCAACAAGGAAAUGGGACGUUAUUGAAGGGCUCCAUUUCGACACCAUUAAUUUCAAGUUCCCCUCGUAUUCUAUGCGCAUGCUUGGUUUAACCAAUCCUCCGCUCUGUACAGUCAUUGAGGCAAGUCGCGGGAAAAGCUUUCAGCUAAUCAACAGCACCUUCUUCGGAAGCGAUGGAAUGGCUCUUAGAUAUAGUGGUAAAGGCGUUCUACUGCAGAAUAAUUUAUUUGAGUACAAUGACUGGUCCGUAGCUAUUAUGACACACAAGAGUGGAGGGUUCGGAACUGUGAUCUCCAAUGGGUAUGAAGACAAGUUUAUUCGUAAUACACUACGUUUCAAUGGCGCCGGCAGUGGUUUUCGUCCAUCGGGAAGGGAUCCCAUUGUUAAGUUGAACCAUGUUCAUCACCAGUGCUGGGGGAUGCUGCAACACGAUGGCGCAGGAGUGCAGUUCCAAAUCGAUGCGCAAACCAAUGCUGUUUCACAACAGAAUUGGGUUCACUCUAGUCCAAAGUAUGGGCUCCGCUUCGACGGGCAGCCUCCGAGGGUUGGACGAUACGGUACCAUGAAGGAAAAUGUUGUGUGGAAAUGUGGAGGAAUCAUGGUGAAAGGGGAUUAUCAUAAGGUCCUCAACAACCUCGCUUUCGAGAAGAGAAAUGAAAAAAGCGGCGACAGGCAAGGGGACGGCUGCGCCUUGUGCGUCCUGAAAUUUGUGCGCUCCAAUCCGACAGAAAUUAAUCGAAACUCGGAGGUCGUCAAAAAUGCUGCUGACGUAGCGAAUGGCGGGAAACGAAAGAGGCCACGUGGUAUUUAUCGCCUAGCUGGAAAAACCGUGAAGUUCAAUAGCAUUGGUGAGGUACGACCGGAAGUCAUGGACGCAGAUAACUUGGACUUCCGACCCCGUAAUGGAUCAGCAUAUGUUGAGCAUCAGGCCGGUCCAUAUUUGUACAAUCCCCAAGGCAAAUAUUACUGGAUUCCUGGACGACAGUUGUACAAGGCUAGCACCCCUGUCCCUCCUGAUGGUAGUAAAACUGUUAAGGUAAGGGACUCGUUCAUCAUUUAAGCUAAGGAAGAAUCAACUUAAAAGUUGAUUCUUCUAUUUUCGCUUUUUUAUUCUUAUAUUUUCAGUUCGAAGAGAAUUCGAAGACUGUAAUCUCGUAGAAUAGAGACUGCUUAGAGAACAUCUCACUUGCUCACAUUACCUCGCAAGAUACGCCACUCGCUAUAAAGAUGGGAUGUACAAAUUGAAUAAAUGUGUGACGUAGAGAAGUGCAAAUAAUUUGUGUAAAAUAAUUUGUAUAAAUCUCUGAAUUGCUCUGCUCCUUCUUUAUUAGACCGAUAGGGAUGCUGUCAUGUGGCUGAACGCCUAUGGCGUAUCCACUCACCAUGUGUACUUUGGUACGAACAAGGCGAAUGUUGCCGAAGCGACAUCAAAGUCAUCCGAGCAUCAAGCGAAGAUCACCGACGAUGGCAAUGUGUAUUACUUGACGAAAAAUCUCCAGUCGGGUAUUACCUACUACUGGCGAGUGGAUGCUGAAAUGGAAGAACAGAUUAUUUACAGAGGCGACGUGUGGUCUUUUCAGACAGCGUGA